CGCGCUGUUGCAGAUGCGCAGCACCAACACCGACCAUUGCCCCCCAGCAGCACAUCUCUCUCUCCCCCUAUACUCAUGUUUUAUUUAACUUGCCACCACACCGGAAGCACAAGCCAUAUUUAUCCAGCCCUUAGUUCCUAGCCUUCCAUUCCCUGCUGCUCCCAGUGCAAUAAAAACACACGCCUCUAUGGCUGCUCAUUAGCUCUCAGUGUAUGGGGACUGCAGCACUCCGACACAAAAGACAAUGAAUGAGAGGAGGCUGCCCAUGUGGCUGCAGGAGGAGGAGGAGGAGGAGGAGGCAGGUGCUUGUGAUGCGGCUCCCAGACCCGAGCUCAGUGGAUGGGGAGAGGCAGCAGGAGGCUGGGGAUGUUGCUGAGACAAUAGAGGAGCCCUGUGUGUUCUUCUUGCUUCCGACGAGGGAGAGAGCGGAGGAAGCGGAGGGGGAGAUAGAGGGGUCGCCAGGCUGGACAUAACGGCGCAUUUAUAUCUCGACGUGUUCCCGCCCCGCUGGAUUAUACACAACAUUUCUACUGCUUUCAGCGAUCCUCGGGGGCAGCAGAUUGGGUCCCAUCUCGCUGAUUGAUUGGUGUAGACGCCUCGUUUCUGGGUGUUUUUGUUCGUGUAACGCUGGGGUUAUUGGGGGCUGGAGGGAUGUCCGGGGAGACUGCUGGUCCCUCACAUGAGCCCGAGCUGUGCGUGUAACAUAAGCCUCUGUGAUGCCUCUCUGAUGCCUCUCUCCCAGUCUCUCCCAGUCUCUCCCUUUAUGUCACAUUUGCCACUUGCUCCGUGACUCCGACCCCAUCUCCGCCGCUGCACAUUCGUGGCCUGGACCCUGCGCUCCCACAUUAUAAGGGUCACCGGGGGACCGAGUGUUUUCGUGGGCCGCAGUUGUGCGCUGAGAUAAUAAGCCCAUGCAGCGCGACCCCCUCCCCGGCACAAGCACUGGGCCAUUUCCACCGGGCCACUGGGGAGCUGAACCCAUGUCUCUCCCCCCGGCUCCUGUCACUCUGAGCAGCCACAGGGCCCCGGGGCCACCCGCCGGUGAAUGAUGUUUAAGUACCGGCUCCGCAUGUUCUUCAAUGAACUGAAGCUUCUGGUAUUAACUCGAUCCGGGACAAGCGAACCGGAGCCGGACCAGGCCAUGCGUGGACUCGGGGUCGGUGGCUGUGGAUGGCCGCCCUUUGCCGACUGCUCCUCCCGAGACGACGACGAGGAAUAUUAUGGGGCCGACCCGAGAUCCCGCGGCCUGGGACUGGAGGAGAAGGACGGAAGGAUCGGGGCUGCGCUGGACGCUGUGUCCCUGGGCAGCAGCAUUGACAGUGGCAUGAGGAGCCCCCAGUGCAGGAUCUGCUUCCAGGGCCCAGAGCAGGGUGAACUGUUGAGCCCAUGUCGCUGUGCCGGUUCGGUACGCUGCACACAUCAGCCCUGCCUAAUACGCUGGAUAAGUGAAAGAGGGUCCUGGAGCUGUGAAUUGUGUUAUUUCAAAUACCAUGUUUUAGCCAUUAGUACUAAGAACCCCCUCCAGUGGCAAGCUAUAUCAUUGACUGUGAUCGAGAAGGUCCAGAUUGCGGCUAUAAUCCUGGGCUCCCUUUUCCUUAUAGCUAGUAUCUCCUGGUUAAUUUGGUCCUCCCUCAGUCCUUCAGCAAAAUGGCAGCGACAGGAUUUACUUUUUCAAAUCUGCUAUGGGAUGUAUGGCUUCAUGGACAUUGUCUGUAUAGGUUUAAUUAUCCACGAAGGAUCGUCAGUAUAUCGAAUCUUCAAGAGAUGGCAGGCUGUCAAUCAGCAAUGGAAAGUUCUGAACUAUGACAAAACAAAGGACCUUGGAGAACCUCUGGGUGGGACUUCAAAGCUGGGGGGAAGAAACUCACGGACGAACCAUUCCUCUCACAAUGAUAGAGGACCUGGUCGGAGCCAGCGAGUUAGGACUAUUUUGAACCAUCACUGUGGUUAUACGAUUCUGCACAUCCUUAGCCACCUGAGGCCUAAUGAACGAAGUAACUCAAACUCUAACAGAGAGGUGGUGAUGAGAGUGACAACAGUAUGAGAAACUGUGUGUGGGAAUGAUUAAGAGAAUGAGUCAACACUUUACUACUGAUAACAGUUUGUUGUCAAAUAGGGGGAAGAGCUUUGCUUUGAUGUGGAACACAAGCAAAAUGCGUUGGUUUCACCCAGUGAGCAGGCAUUCUAAUGCAUUCUGGUCAACCUUCUUCUUAUACCAAAAGCCCUGUUUUUUUUUAUUUUUUUCGAAGUUGGGCCUUUUGUCAGCUAGUGCCAUCCUGUGCAUUUUUUCAAUUGCAAAACCGCCCAACCUCAAGAAAAGCUGAAAACCUAACGGCUCCUUCAAGCAUUGUAAUUGUUUCCGAGAAAUCCCACUUGAACCAUUACGUUUUUGAAUACGUUGAAAGCACAAGCCAGCGUUUUAACAGCAAAAAUCACAAUCUUAACGUUUUUACCUCAGAUUUACCAAACACAACAGCAGCAGCACCACCACAAAAGUUGCAAAUCAAGCAAACGAGAAAUGCGGUAAAUAAAAUGAUUUUCCAACAAGUCCAUCUUGCCAGAAUUGCAGAACCCGAAUGGUAAUCCUAUGUGAGGGGGAAAAAAGACAAUGAUAUGGUCCAGAAAUUUCUAAGCGAUGAAUAGGUGCAAUAAAACAUAUUUUUACGGCAUAAUGGGAUCUUUGCAAUAAGACGCUUGUACUUUUCCCCUGGUUUUACAUUUUUCGCAUGAGUAAAUGUAAUUUUUUUCCCCUCUUUUCUCCCUGCGGGAGGAUAAAGAAAAAUAUUUAUAUGCAAAUAGUCUCCAACUACAUUUCUUUCUCUUCUUUCUAUUUACAUACUGGGAAGUGAAAUUAAAGCAUCAGGAUUUCCCUAUAA